AUGGUUAUCAUAAAUGGUCGAGGUGAAUUCACUGCUGAUGAAGUGCGUGCAUAUCGACAGCAAAUCUAUCAGAAGGUUGAAAAUUUGCAGAAUAUAAUAACGGCAAUGAGAGUACUUUUGGAUGCACGCCAAAAGCUGGGAUAUGCUUGGAAAAAUCCUGAGAGGCAAAGGAAUGUUGAUGCUAUUAUGAGGUUUACAGCAUCAGAUAUGAUGCGUGGUAUUGAUCAGUCUACGUUUGCUGAAAUGGCCCCAUUAAUACGAGAUUUUUGGGAGGAUGCAUCAAUCAAGCAAACAUAUGAACAGCGCAAUCUUUUUCAGAUUUCUGAUUCUUGUAUGUACUUUUUCGAUCAUAUCAAUCGAGUAGCAAUGCCAGAUUAUUGUCCAACUAAUCGGGACAUAUUAUUCUGCCGAAAAGCUACACGAGGAAUAACUGAACAUGUUUUUGAAAUACAGCGAGUUUCAUUUAGAUUUAUUGAUGUUGGUGGACAACGAUCACAGCGACAGAAAUGGUUUCAAUGCUUUGAGGGUAUUACAAGUAUACUAUUUAUGGUUGCUUCAUGCGAAUAUGAUCAAGUAAUUCUUGAAGAUCGAAGGACGAAUCGUGUUGCUGAAUCGCGAUCUGUUUUUGAAACAAUUGUUAAUAAUAAAUCAUUCGCAAAUGUUUCCAUAAUAUUGUUUAUGAAUAAGAGUGAUCUGCUUGAAGAGAAGGUUUCAAAAUCAGAUAUUCGACAGUACUUUGCUGAUUUCACCGGCGAUCACAAUAAUUUGCGUGACGUUCAAUUCUUUUUGGUGGAUAAAUUUGAGAAUUGUCGACGUGAUAGACGACGGCCAUUUUUUUAUCAUUUUACAACAGCUGUCGAUACGGAAAAUAUCAGACGUGUAUUUAACGAUUGUCGUGAAACUAUUCUGGAACAAAAUUUGAAAGCAUUAAUGAUGCAAUGA